AUGAGCUCAUCAAACAACUCAAAUUCAAAUAACUCAUCGAUUAGUCGCAAAAGUCAAUCGCUUAAGCGUCGGGUCUCUCAAAGCAUAUAUCGUCCAAACUUUUACCGACAACGGAGUCAAAGUUGUGGGGAUUAUGGACACCGUAUUAAUGAAGCCAUCGAUGAGGACAGUGAUGAUGAACGCGAGAUACAGAUUCACGUGAUUAGACGCAAAAGUUUGGCCAUCAAUGCAAACGGAAAUGUAUGCAACGGACCCGUUGGUGGGACGUGUCCUAAGGGCGCUGUAUGUCCGCUAUCACAGGUCGAUGAGAUUGUGCCAACCGGUACGCCAACUAUCAUAAGAAAAGAUGAUAAUAAAAAUGAAUUGAUUAUAAGUAUUCCGGUUCUUAUGGAUGACAACAGUUCCAUAAAUAAUGCAAAAUUCAAAGAAGCCUUUGAAGAUCCCCAUCCUUACGGCGAGCCUCAGAUGCAGAGUUCGUGGACUGUAUUGAAGCAAAUGUUAAUACCAUUCCUUAUAGCGGGCAUUGGCUCUGUUGGCGCCGGUAUUGUAUUGAAUGAUGUGCAGCAUUGGCCCGCAUUUAUAGCCAUUCCGCAGUUGAUAAUAAUGGUGCCAUCGUUUCUGGGACUCAUCGGCAAUAUUGAGACAACACUGGCCUCCCGGCUCUCAACUCACGCCAAUUUAGGCACUUUAGACGUCUUCUCACAACUCAAGUCUAUGAUUAUCGGCAACUCUGCGGUCGUCUUAUGUCAGGCGGCGACUGUUGGUCUGUUCGCCGCGUUUGCAUCGCUGGGCAUAUCCUACUUAAAGGCCCAAAAGGAUACGGAGCUCAGCCUCGGGGAACUCAUACUACUUUUGUGCGCCAGUUCUGUCAGCACUAGUGUUGCGGCUAAUAUUAUACUGGCCACUGCUAUCAGCUUGGUUAUCAUCAUCGCCAGGAAAGUCAAUAUUAAUCCCGACAACAUCGCGACUCCGAUCGCAGCCUCCAUGGGUGAUGUCUGUACGAUCACAAUACUGGCGCUAAUCAGUGAUUUCCUAUACAAGCGAACAAUAGCGGGCAGUGCGUGGAUUCCAAUGGUAAUACUGGUGGCAUUCCUAUUGUCUGCGCCCAUCACUGGUUUCAUAGCCCGAAGG